AGGUAUGCAAGGGGUGUGGUUCAGCUGACAGGCUCGCUCUCAUAGGGACUGGUAAGUCUCAAGCCACAUCGGUAGUUUCUACUUGCCAUGUCAGAUGCCACCAGCUGGGUGCCCAAAGCAGAGAUGGUUGAGAACUAAAGAGAGGGACUGCUGCGUAGAAGGUAAGUCUAAAAGUAUGGUGGGAGCUUGUGUGGGGGAGAGGGAAGGGACAAGGAGGGAGCCUGGGCUUCGUGGGGAUGGAGCCUAGUUAGUUGGUUGCACCAAGGGAACUUGGUCCUCAACUCUCUGGUGUAGAAGGGGGGGGGAGGCCUUGCUCACUAGAGCAAGAAAGUUGGCUUUCUUCUGGCAGGGUAGAUUUUUCAGUUUUUGACAAAUAGAAGCACUUGGUUUGCAGCAGGGACCGUGCUGUGGUUCCUAAAGUGGGAACCCUUUUAUUUAGAAGAAACCCAGAUAGGGGUUUAACGUGGAUCUUAUCAGCUGCCAAAAAGAGAUCGCAUUGUUUUUCUGGUGAGAUGGCGCUGGAAAGUAAGGGGGGGGAGGUCUCUUGCAAAGCAUCCAGAACUUAAGUUGUGUUCAUUGUGUUUCUUAGCAAUUGACUAGAACACUGACCAGGCACUUAUAUUUCCACAAAUAAAAAGGUUAGAGACUUUGUUUUUUAUUGAAAGUUGAACAUCACAGGCAGACCUGGAAUACCUGCAAGGGGCCAGGCCCCCAGAGCGUUGGUUGUGUCAUCGAUCCUCCCCACCCACAAAAAAGCUUCCACAUAUACCUAUAGUUUUAAAGAAAGAUUGAGCAGAGAUAGGCCUGCAAAUGCCAGUUUUUUCUCUUAACGGUAUUCUGCAUGUGUCAGUCACAUUUCCCCACUGCCGCUACAAUCCCCUUGAGGGUGCCUGUUCUGCUUCUUUUUCCUCAGUGUUGGCUUAAUCUCUUUUUACACAAUUUCUUGCCGUGAGAUCCAGGAAGCUCUAGCCCAGGGAGCUGCUAUUUUGAGGCUUUUUGGUUCUGAAUAGGAAGAUUACAGAUUUGCGUGGAACAGAAAAGAGAUAUGUUGUUUAAAAAAACACCAAGUGUGUGGUUUUUUGUGGUGAUAUCUCAUGUAGUAAUGAGAGAACCUCUAAACAUACGCAGAAAGACUUUCCUUGCCAAAGCAUCAAAAGCUAGUCCUACAUUUCUUGAUUGCAGCUAAGUCAUAUUCAGAGUAGACCCACUGAAAUCUUAGUCAUCAUAACUGACUUUUGUCCAUUGGUCUAAAUCAUGGGUAAGCAAACUAAGGCCCGGGGGCCGGAUCCGGCCCAAUCACCUUCUAAAUCCGGCCUGCGGAUAGUCCAGGAAUCAGCGUGUUUUUACAUGAGUAGAAUGUGUGCUUUUAUUUAAAAGCCAUCUCUGGGUUAUUUGUGGGGCACAGGAAUUCGUUCAUUAUUAUUAUUUUUCCAGAAUAUAGUCCGGGCCCCCACAAGGUCUGAGGGACAGUGGACUGCUGAAAAAGUUUGUGACCCCUAGUCUAAGCGUUCUCAUUAGGGGGUCAUAAUUGUAAGUAUUGAGCUUCAGCACACAUAUGCCCCUCUUUUGUUAAAGGCUUUGACAGCAAACAUGGGCAAGGAUUAAACCUGAAAAUAUUUGGGUAUCUGAUCCAUUUAUUUCAUUUUUACAGUUAUAUCCUACCUUUUUUGUCCAAGGACAGUGUUACUUGGCUUCUUUUAGGCAAAUUUUCUCUAUUAAAUCCUUGGCUUUAUUGGUAUAUUUCCCAGAAUGGUUGCUGCAUCUUUGACUUAGUUUCUUUAUGGCUGCCUACCCUCCAAUAUAUCAGAUGAGAUGUCCAUUUUUGUAAGCCUCCUACUCUUGCCUCAAGGAUCACUGCCUGAUCCUCACCACCACCAGAACAGCACAAUGCACAAUUUAUACAUUGCUGAGAGUUUGUGACCUCAGCAGUGACAAACUGUAAAAUGGGCUUUGUUCCCUAUGCGGAAGCUUAUUGUUCAAGCGCAUGUAUUAAUGUGCAUCUCUAGCAGAGACAAGAAGGGGGAAAGCCACAGAAAAGUGGUAGAACAUCUGCUUUGCAUGCAGAAGGUUGCAGGUUCAAUCUCUGGCAUCUUUAGGUAGGCCUGUCAAAAACCCUGGAAAGCCACAGCUAUUCAGUAUAGACAGUACAGAGCUAGAUGGAGCAAUGGUUUGGUUUGUUUUAAUUCAGCUUCCUAUAUUCCUAUGAUAAACUUGGACCAAAUGCCGCAUGACAUUAUUCCUACUUUUUAAAAGUGCCUUAAAUUGGCUGCAUUAAUUUCAAAGAACAAGUUGCUGUGGGGCCCCACUCUGGAAUAUGCUCUAAUGCCUCAUUCCCCCCUCCACACUGUUUGCCUCCAAAGGUGAUGUUUUUACUGCCAAAGCCCUGGAGCUGGGGCUGAGCCUGAUAAAUGACAAGUCGAGCAAUUUGCACUAGCAACAUACUAAUUAGGCAUCCCCCAAAGGCAAAAAAAAGAGAGAGAGAGAGACAUUUAACAGAGAGAAGAACCAGGAAACAGGGGCUGCCCCCAUUUUGGGGGAAUAUGCUAUUUCUUGCAAACAGCCUUGUUUGUGCCCUUUUGCAUCAAAAAGCAGGAUGUAUAGACGUUUUUGGAAAUGAAAGAAAUGUGUAAGAAGAGGAAAAAGUGGGGCUAACAUGUAGAUAGUGUAUACUUUCUCCACAGACAGCUUGUGGAGCUCUCACCUGCCUACAAUUCAUACCCUCUCUCAGAGGUGAGGGCGAAAACGCAUUAUGCAUGCUUAGAGGUGCGCCUAUAUUUUGUCGCUUCAUUUCACACAUCCAGGAUUAGGCAGCGGCUUUCAAAACAGAUUACCGAAUUCAGAGUUACGCUUUGGGUAUAGUAAUCAGAUACAGCAGCGUCAUCUAGCAGUUGGCUAAAAUGACCCAGAAAUCAUGGGGCCCUGAGCAAAGAAUUUUCACCUUGUGCACGGCAGACAGAAAAUCAACAGGUGCAGUUUCUUUGUGAAUGGAGGCGCAACACUAGGGAAAUCUUAGAUUUCUGCCUCUUGGGUUCUAAAAGGGCAGAAACCCUGCAAAAAUUAAAAAGGGAUACACCACCUUCUUGAAACCCACCUAAUUUGGAUGUGGGUGGGCAGGUAAUGUUUUGGGGGGAAAGCGGUGACAUAUAAGCAGUAAUCCUUUUUCCUUUCUGGCCUAAACCCAAAUACACAGUCCAACUGAGUCAAUAUUGACCAUUGUUUCUUCAUAUCAACCACGGCUGGCGAUAGACCUGUGCAUAAAUGAGCAUUGCUUGCAAAUCUGUAGCUGGGAUAUUUAAGCAAAUAUCGAGAAGAGAGUAUCCUGUUUCUCUUGCCACCACCCGCCCUAUUAAACACUACGACCUCUGCUUUAACCAUUAAGCCGCUUGCUCCUUGUGCGGCUUCUUCUCUGAAAAAGAAGCGUGGUUAGACGAGAGCAGGUUUGCUCUGCUCCAAGCAUAGCAGGAGGUUAAAUCCCACCUUUAAUAAACAAAGCACCUUGCCAGGUGAAACGAAACAGGUGUGGCCGUUGGCAAGAGAUGCCGCAGCAUUCUUGGGCAGGAGCGAGGCCUACUUACUUUACCAUGUGUGCAUGAUCGCACACCCUUGUACUGUAAAUGAUCUGGGGUUUUAUUUAUUUCGUCACACACAAAAAACAACCCUAUACUGCCCACAUGUAGGUACAUCAUGCCAGUCAGCAUAAUAAGAUCAGAAUACAAUGAGGUACAAAAUACCAUUGUGGCAAAGUGGUUAGAGUGUCAGAAUCGGACUUGGGAGACCACGGUUCAAACACCAAGCCCACUGGGUUGCCAAUCGCGAUCUCUUUUAGCCAAACCUGCCUCGCAGCGUUGUUUUGAGGAUAAAACAGAAAGGCAUCCUGGAAGAAUACAUGUGACGAUAAAUGAAUAAUCAACAUCAGAUUAUUACAGGGGUCACAAACUUUUUCAGCAGGGGGCCGGUCCACUGUCCCUCAGACUUUGUGGGGGGCCGGACUAUAUUCUGGAAGAAAAUUAAUGAACGAAUUCCGAUGCCCCACAAAUAACCCAGAGAUGCAUUUUAAAUUAAAGCACACAUUCUACUCAUGUAAAAACACGCUGAUUCCCAGACCGUUCGGGGGCCGGAUUUAGAAGGCAAUUGGGCCGGAUUUGGCCCCCGGGCCUUAGUUUGCCUGCCCAUGGAUCAGUACAUCAGCACAACUGGGUUUACCUUUUACCCAGCCCCACUUUUUCCAGGCUGCGCUUUAAUGUCCAAACAUAAUGGUUUGUUGGGGGGGGGUUGCCCCAAAUAUUCCCCACAAAAACCUGCUCCUUAAAGCUGAAUCAGAGCAGGAUUGAAAUGGUGAUUAAAAUUAAGCAAAUAUGUAAAGAAAUUAAACCAUUAGGGCAGUAAAGGCGGGGAAGAGAAGGGAAUAAUGAUCCCUCCCUUCUCUAACAUCAGGAUUUUCUUCCUUCAUCACAGCCAAGACCUUAAAAAAGUUCCUUUUUGAGCCUGCCUCUUACUAAGGCCCAAAGCCUGACAGUACCCACCUCAGGUGUGAAGGCAUGCAAAUGUAGCAUCAAGGUACCUGAGCCACAUGCAAAGCAUUCACUUCUCAACUAGCAUUGUCAGCUUGAAUUUGCUAGUCAUAUAAUAUUGUUUAGGACGCUUCGGCGAAGUGGAUUCUAACUGCAAAGAACAAGGGAAAUGAGUACAGAGCUCAGAGUACGUGUGUGUGUGUGUGUGUGUGUGUGUGUGUGUUGGGGGUCGGGGGUAAUAAUCCCUGAAAUCAAAUGUCCGCUGGGUGUCCAUUGGCAAUUGCCUGGGCCUGCUUAAUGAAUUCUGAAACCACUCUUCUAGUGGGAGAACAGACAUUUGCCGUUGUUCUUUUUAGCACAGGGGUAGGGAACCUUUUUCAGCCCCAAGGCUGUAUUUCCUUAUAGGCGACCUGCUGAAGGCCACAUGCCAGAGGUAGGCAGGGCCAGAGACAAAAGUGGGCAGAGGAGUAAAGGCAAAUAUUACUUUUCUACAGCACUUCCCUCUCCGUCCUCCACCCAGAUAAGCCACAGAGUUUUUAGGGACACAUCCCAGCCAGGCAAAAACACUCUAGGUGCAAAGCAGGAUCGGUGUGAGGAGAGUUCCGAGGGCCAGAUAAAGAGUGCUGGAGGGCCACAUAUGGCCCCUGGGUCUGGGGUUCCCAGUCCCGGAUUUACAUAUAAGCUAAACAAGCUAUAACUUAGGGCCCCAAUCUCUUGCGGCCCCCCCAUAAAAUUUAAAGGAAAAAACUGGAUGUACAUUUCCAAAAUAUAAGAUAAAAAAUAAAUAAAAUAAAACCUACAUACAGGAACAGUGUUUUGUGUUGUGUUGGUUCCUAUGAUGUAAGUAAUGGGCCCCGCCUGCUAGCCUGCUCCCUAAAAUAUCACUGGUUUGCUCAUUUCUAUAUAUAGGGUGCCUACAUUCUGCAUGGACUGGUUGCAUGGCAACACGUGCAAAUGGCUUUAGUUACCUGUUAGGUCCAUAAAUUACCAUAUAGCAUAUAUUCAGCUCAAAAACAGCGACAGUUUAUUGUUGACAAAGGACAGUUGGACAUAUAAAGGGCCCCAUUACCUUCAGUAGCUUAGGGCCUCGUCAAACCUAAAUCCAGCCCUGGGGGCUCCCCACCCCAUAGAGCAACAAAAGCUACUUGCUUUCUCUAUGCAGGCUUGUCAUGAAACGGAUAACCUUCUCUUUUUUCUCUUUUCUUUUUUGAAUUUGCAUUUUAUUUAUUUGUUAACAUUCUUAUAUUACAUUGGUAAACGUUGUCAUAUUACAUUACAGGACUUACUAUAAUAUAAUUUCCAACAUGUAUACAAAAUUUAUAUACAAAUUUUAUAUACCUAGAAAGAAAAUGAAACGAAAGAGAGAACAAAGAGAAAAAACAAAAACAACCCCCCCAAAAAAAAUCAUAUACAUACCAACACACUAGACUUCCUGUCUAUCCCGUUGUAUAUUCCUUUUUUACAAAUGAAUGUACUCUUAUUAUUGUAUAUUUCUUUACAUUUUAUCUAAUACAUUCCUAUAUCAAUAUGUGCUCCUAGUAUUAUUUCUCAACUCAUUCUCACUCCAACGUCAAUCAAAUGCUAGCAUAGAUAGCGAACCUUUACUGUAUUUUUGAACAUAAGUUUUAUAUCUAUCCCACUUUUCCAUAAGUUUUUGUUUUGAAUUGCUUCUCAGGGUAUUUGUUAACUGCGCCAUUUCAGCAAAUUCUUGUAGCUUGUAAUGCCAGUCCGUUAUUGUCGGGGCUUCUUGUUCCUUCCACCCCUUUGCCACCAAAGUUCUCUUCUUAUGCUUGCCAGGUUGCAUUAGGACUUUUGGACAAGGCCGCUGACAUCAUGAGUGACUCAGGAAGGUAAGAUUGGCUGUCAGAGAACUCCAUCCAGCACCUACAGAUUUGGGAGCAAGACUACCUAGGGAGGCACUGAAAUUCAAGGUGUGCCCAGAUUUAUCUGGGAUGUGGAGCUUAAGCACAAAGUUCUUUGCUUUCCAGAACCUUCUGUGGUGUUCUGGGCAUGCACUCACUUUUUGUACUGAGGGUUGAGAGAGCCCGACCUGCAAAGAAAAGGUGUUAGGUGCGAUCCCUGACAUUUCAUAGCUCCAGGUUGUGCUGGGAAGAAGGCCCGGCAACUGAAACCUUGGAGAGCCACUGCCCUCCACAAAAGGUGGAGACCCCCAGGCCUGGCGGGGGGCAAAUGUAACCCUCCAAACCUCCCUUUCUUAACCUCAGGAUUCUCUCCAGGCCUCACACCCUUCCCAGAUCUUAAGGUAAGGGUGUUUCCUGUGCUUCACCUGCUAUUUUUCUAGAAAAAGAGCUGCCGGAACUCGCCAGGAACACCUCCCUCGUUCUCUUGCCCCUUUCGUUGUGAUUUUUGAGCUUACUGAGCAUUGUCAAGGGACUGCUUAGGAAACAGCCAUUGGGGAUCAUGUAGAGGCCCUGCUGGUAUGGCAAGGAAGUCUUGCCAUAGUCUUGCCUCUCUUUUUCUUUCACUUCUGGGUUGACAAAAGGGGUUGGUGACUGUGGGACUAGAGUUGACAUGGGCUGGGGCACUAAGGGCUGCAAAACCUCUUUGAACAGAAACUGGGCUGUUUCAAUAUAGCGCCAUGGCCUUGUUUGGGAGCUGAAGUAAAAUUUAGUGGCACAGAUUACUGAUAGAUAGGAUUUGGACAGGUUCCCCAGCCCUAGAAGAUACUGGCAUCCAGGAUUCAUGGGCGGAGGGGAGCCUGAGGGCCUAGCAAGCUUUGAGAAGGAUGUAUAGUAGUCUGGAAAUGUGGACCUGAGGUGAUUUCUUCCGGUUGUUGAAUAACUAGUCCAUUUUGUCUUGCAGCCUCGGCAGUGACCGCUCCAAGCCCAGUGCCAGAGCCAUUUAUGGUGAGUUUUGGAGUAUAGGAAUGUAUCUGGAAGAUUUGUUUAUUUAUGAGUGUGCUGGUACGUUUCAAAUCUGAAGACCUUCUCAGUCCUGAAGCUGUAGCAUCCUCAACUUUUUCAAGGAUUACCAGCUCUCAUAAACGGAUCUGCUGGUGAUCUUUACACCUGGAACUCCCUUCCUGAGUAUGUCACGUGGGAUCCCUUUCUCACAUCAACACCUUACCUGGGAAGCCUUUGGCCUAACUCUUUGCUUCUCACCCUCAAUAACCACAUUUGUUUACAAUUAAUCCCUUGACUCGCCCUCCCCUCUCUUCCUUGGUUGACUUCGCUACCAUCAAAAUGCAGUUUAUUGCUUUAUAAUCUCCUUGAGUGCAGGCACCUCACUUUUUUUUAAUAAUAAAGAACUCGCACAGCUUUGAAAAGUGCUGCAAAAAAAAUUAUAUGGCUGAUCUUUUGCAAAAUUUGUCUUGCUCAUAACUGUUUCUGCAGAGCUUUCAAGGCUGGUGUGGUUCCCCCUCAUGUUCUGCUGUGUGCUAUGAAACUAAAAGUUUUUUCCUUCCAACGUUGGGAUCUUGUGUAUGAUACCACAACGAACUUCUGCUCCUCUGCUGCAAACUAAACCAGGAAACCCAUCAGUCUUUCAGUUUACAUCCUCUCUGUGUUUCUCCCCUUUGACUUGAGGAAGCUUGAACAUUUCAUUUUCCUGGGAUUUAAAAACCAAAGAUUCUGUGCCGCGUGAGGUGGGGAAAGAGCAGGAAUCAGCAGAGAAGCAGUAAGAAGGGAGGAGAUGGGUGUGUCUGUAUUUCUCACAAGCUAAACUGGUUCCCGCAGGGAGAGGCAGUAAUUACAUCCCUCCUCUUUAGAAGAGGUAAUAAUUUCUUAAGAACUGAAAAGUGUUCCUUAGAGAGAUAAAUCCCUGGAUGUUCUUAUUAAGAGUUUUAACCUGUGCUAGUCCUAGUCAGAGUACACCCAUUGAAAUUAAUGAACCUAAGUUAGUCAUGUCCGUUAACUUCCAUGGGUCUACUCUGAGUCAGAUUAGCAUUGGAUACAACCCAUUGUUCUUUAAACUAGGCAAACCCUCACUCACUGCAUGUGUGCAUGAGUGAGAGAUAUGGUAAUAUGAAUAAUGUGUGUACAUUCAGUCGUACCUUAGAAAUCAAACGGAAUCUGUUCCGGAAGUCUGUUCGACUUCCAAAAUGUUCAGAAACCAAAGCACAGCUUCUGAUUGGCUGCAGGAAGCUCCUGCAGCCAAUCGGAAGCCGUGGAAGCACCGUGGGACGUUCUGCUUCCAAAAAUAGUUUGCAAACCAGAACAGUCACUUCCAGGUUUGCAGCUUUUGGGAGCCAAAGCAUUCGAGAACUCAGCUGUUUGAAAACCAAGGUAUGACUGUAUAUACAUUUAUGCUUAUUUCCCUUUUUAAGCUGAUGUUUCUGUGUCUUGAAAACGACCCUGGCAUGCAGCUGUUAAGCAUGUGCAAUUUUCCCUAGGAUGUAAAUUAAAUGACGUUUUAUUUGCUGAAUUUUCGACUGUCACUCCACUGUCAGGAGCCCUGUCACAAAGAAGGCAGACCUCAUGUGCAUUGUGGCUGGGUACACACCAUAGUUAAAGCACUGUCCUGGCUACUGUAGGUCACUUUUCACAGGGUAACAAACAGCAGUUCCCGGGAUUUUUUGUGCUUUGAAUGAAUGUGUGCAUAUCCUGUAAUCCCAUCCUCCCUGCCCAUUUGUUCUGAAUAGGACAUGGCCCCCAAAGACGGUGCUUCCCUUCUCUAUCCCCGCCCUCACUGCCACCUUUUUAAAAUAAAAGUUGCCACUUGAUGCUAAACAGACCCAGCUGACAGUCGACACUAAAGUUUCAGGUUUCAUUUGCUGGUUUAAGUCAACAUUGCAACACAAUUCCUCCUCCUUAAAUAAUGUUUUGUCUCUUUCUGCAGAGCAGAGGAAGAAGUAUUCCAGCAUUAUCAUGGCAGACGUCUCACAGUAUGCCGUCAAUGUAAGUUUGGGUUUCGGCUUUGCAAAAGCGGGAGCAAGAGCUGUGGGACAUCAGUGGCUAGUGAAUUAGAGUGGGAAAAACUGAGUGAUAUUAGGGAAGAGGUUAUAAAGAUGAGGGGUUCCUGGUUGCCUCCAGAGUUAUUUUGAAGAAACCCAUUGCAUGGGAAGCCUAUGUGUUGCAGUGGAUUCUGAAGAACAUUCUAGAACAACUGUCUUCAAUUAUUUUGACUUGUCACUUGACUCUGACUUCUUUUUUUACCACACACGUCCUCCUUAAGUCUACACCUUUCCCUCCACUUCUGUUUGCCUGCCUGCCUGCCUGUCUCCUCUUUAAAAGACAACAGUCUUCCCUCCAAAACAAAUUAUCUAAAUAAUCUGUAACUCACUCUGUGGUUGGCCUACAAGCUAGUUUUGGGAUCCUGACUCACGAGUUGGAAGAUGGGUAUUCUAGUUCAUUUGGAAUGUUGCCUAGGCCUGUAUAAAGUUUUUGCGUUCAUGUUUCUUUUGGACUGUCCUUUGGUAGAACUAUAUGGGGAACCAAACAAGAAAAUAAUUUUUAAAAAGCAUCCCUGUUAUACAAUCCACAUUGAAGCAGUAAGCGCCAAGGAGAGCCAUGGCACAGGGCAAAAAUCAGCAGAGUGAAUAAGCUCAUGUUUAAUACUGGAAGGCCAGGACAAAUGCAUUCCUCACAAUUAUUUUCAUACAACCUUUCAUAACACAAAUUAUUCCAAGGGCGUGUACAAGUAAAAUUAAAUACAAUCUUUUUAGGGGGAAAAGCAAUGAUCAGAAAGUUGUUGUUGUUGUUGUUGUUGUUACCGUAAUACUCCACCCAUCUGGCUGGGUUUCCCCAGUCACUCUGGGAGGCUCCCAACAGAAUAUUAAAAACACAAUAAACUUCCCUAAACAGGGCUGCCUUCAGAUGUCUUCUAAAAGUCAGAUAGUUGUUUAUUUCCUUGGCAUCUGACGCGAGGGCGUUCCACAGGGUGGGCGCCUCUACCGAGAAGGCCCUCUGCCUGGUUCCCUGUAACCUCACUUUUUGAAGUGACGGAACCGCCCUCCUGGGAAGCCCUCCUGGUUCAGGCCAAUGGCCUAUCUAGUCCAGCAUCAUGUCCUCAAAGUGGCCAAAGAGAUGCCGGUGGGAAACCCUCCAGCAGCAGCCAAGCACAAGAGCAGCCUCUUCUCCUGCAGCUUCCAGCAACUGGUACUCAGAAGUGUACUGAGUAUGACUGACAACAUAUAAAAUGUCACUGAGAUGCUUCCCACAGAGCAGCUGGUAGUAGCAGAUGGCUCUGUGGAGGGAGAGGACAGCCCAGCUGGAGUAUGAGCUGGUCUACCAUCAAAUAACCAACAUACUUGGUGCCAAGUUAGCCUCUCUAGGGAGAGCCCUCUCCAAAAGGCCCACUCUCUUCUCUGCCCACCAACCAAACAUCACAUGACGGAGAGACCCUGUUAAGGCCUUUCUUCCUCUCCCUUCCUCCCUCCCUCCCUCCCUCCCUCCCUCCCUCCCUCUCUAUCUAUCUCUCUCUCAUUUAUUUAUGUAUUCAUUCACUCACUUUCAGACUCAUUCACACACACUCACACUUUUGGGCACCUUGAUGUUCUAGGGCAGGGUUGGUUUUGGUAGUCAUACUGAUGCCCAUGAAUACUUGUCUACCAUAUCUGAGACCAUAUAACACCGGUCCUGAAAGACCUACAUUGGCUCCCAGUAUGUUUCCGAGCACAAUUCAAAGCGUUGGUGUUGACCUUUAAAGCCCUAAAUGGCCUUGGCCCACUAUACCUGAAGGAGCGCCUUCACCCCCAUCAUUCAGCCCAGACACUGAGGUCCAGCUCCAAAGGCCUUCUGUCAGUUCUCUCCCUGUGAGACGUGAGGUUACAGGGAAGCAGGCAGAGGGCCUUGUUGGUGGUGGCACCCACCCUGUGGAACGCCCUCCCAUCAGAUGUCAAGGAAGUAAACAACUAUCUGACUUUUAGAAGACAUCUGAAGGCAGCCCUGUUUGGGAAAGUUUUAAAUGUUUGAUGUUUUAAAUAUUCUGUUGGGAUCCACCCAGAGUGGCUGGGGAAACCCAGCCAGACGGGGUGGAAUGUAAAUAAUAAUAAUAAUAAUAAUAAUAAUAAUAAUAGUUGUUGUUGUUGUUGAGGAACCCUUUCUGAUUGUCCCCAGAACCAUUUUCAAACUAGCGAAAUAAAGCUACAAGUAACCUCGGUGACUUAAGCACAGGCUUCUCUCCCUUCUGUAUCUUCCAGCACUUGGUUACCUUCUCCAUCGGGGACGAGGAUGACUUGGCAACCGUGGAGGAUGCCACCAGGAAACUGUCCGUCAUGGAUGCCCAAGGGAAGAUCUGGGUUCAGGAGAUGUUACUUCAGGUCAACGGGUCCGCCGUCAAGCUCUUCGACAUAGACUCAAAGGUAGAGGAGCAACCCAAGACUGUGAUGUUGGGUGGCGAAUAGGGACCAAGAGGUUGUUGGCUGUAGCCCUGUGAUCCAAUAUCUCUUAUUUGGAGAGGGGUUGUCUGGAUUGUUUGGUGACUUUGUCUCCCGCUACAGGAGGAGCUAGAGAACUACGGAUUAGCAGCUGUGGCUCGUUGUGAAGCCGUUCGACCUGAGUCUCGAUCCCAGUCGCUGCUUCUGCUUGUAUGCCAGGAACCCCACCAGCUCAAACCAGAUGUCCACUUCUUUGAAUGUGACCAUGUAGGGGUAAGGAAACUGGACACUGUGGAUCCAUAAGGGAAGUUUGAAAAGCCACUCUUGAUAGAGAAACCCUCUUCCAGCUGCAGGAAAAGUAACCUAAAGCAGUCUUUGCCAACCUGGUGCCCUCCUCUGCUGGCAGGGGCUGGGAGUUGAAGUCCAAAACAUUGGGAGGGCACCAGGUUUGUGAAGGCUAAUGUGAUGCCCCAAGGCAUAUUUUGGAGCUGGGGAAGGGAGAGAGUUUUCUCUCUCACUGCUGAGCUUUCUGACUUGGUUUCUCUUCUAUUUUACAGGCAGAAUUGAUCCAGCAGGACAUUAAUGGAGCUCUGUUGGACUUCAAGUCCGGCGGAAAUGCUCAACGGAAGGAGGCGCUCAGGUGAAUGCAGACCCAUAAGCCUGUAUAGCCACAGGUCUUAGGGAAAGGGGAGUUCUAAACUAUGAAGGCUGCAAAGUACACACACACACACACACACACACACACACACACACACACACAAUGUACAGUGGUACCUCGGGUUACAGACGCUUCAGGUUACAGACUCCACUAACCCAGAAAUAGUACCUCAGGUUAAGAACUUUGCUUCAGGAUGAGAACAGAAAUCAUGUUACAGCGGCGCGGCAGCAGCAAGAGGCCCCAUUAGCUAAAGUGGUGCUUCAGGUUAAGAACAGUUUCAGGUUAAGAACAGACCUCUGGAACGAAUUAAGUUCUUAACCCGAGGUACCACUGUAUUUCAAUCCUGCUGAUGGCUUUUUCGAGGGAAGAGCAGCUGUACAAGGAAUGGCCUGUGUGGUUUUUCAGUAGAGACGUUUGGGUGGAGACAUCUGACCCUUUCACCCACUUGCUAUUUUUCUAACGCAAGUCCCACUGAUUUCCCCCCUGCAAGUUUCCUCCCAUGCUUCUUGAAUCCUGCGGAGUGGAGGUGUGGGGAGUGGCUUGAAGUGGGAGUGAGUUGCAGCAAAAGAGCAACGGAAAAGGGUUAAGCACCCACAUGCGCCACUUCUCUGCUAAAACAAAGCAGAAACCUCACCAAAGCUGCUUUCACCAGUAAAAGCAGCUGCUGGAGUGUCAGUACACCUGUUUGUGAGUGACAUAGUUUGGGAUAUGGCCCCGCCCACUUUGGUUCUGGCCACACCCACCACUGGCUCCAGCCCCUCCCACACCCAAGGGACUGUAGCCCUUAACCAGAAAAAGAUUCCCCACCCUUGAGCCAGAGGAGAGCUAGAGAUGUCUAGUAUAGUAUUCUUUCUCGAGGUGAGAGCCCUUCCUUUUUUAUCUAAACCCCUUGCUUUUCAUCUCUCGUCUUCAGAGCUACCCAGAAUUGGCUUGGCAGCCAGACCAACAAGGCUCCAGAGACCCUGCCUCAGUCUCCUAAACAGGUGCCCUCCAGGACAACAGUGAUUGUGCCAGAGCAAAAGGAGAAUGGUGAGAAGCCAGGAGCCCUGACGCUUCGCCAAAGGCUGCAAACCUAUGCACACCUUUAUGCCUGAGUUGAACACCACUGAACAUUAGGGUGGGCAGAGGAGAGUGGAGCGUGUCUAACCUCCUGGCUCUUUCUGCUUCUAGAUAUCUCGGCAGCUGAAUCUGACCUGGCCUUUGUUCAGUCCGAGCAAAAUGUGGUAAGUUUAGCUGGAAAGGUUCUGUGUGAAAAACCAGGUGGCCUGCAAAAGAGGUUAGAAUGAUUUGUGGGAGGCAGGAGUGAUUGCCAUGAGGUAGGAUUUGUGGAUUUGCCUAUAUUUGCAUGCACCCAAUAGGACCCGUCACCUUUUGUCUCUGAAGCAUAGUCAGUGCCCUUGGCAGCUUCCUGACAGGUAUGUGCAGGUUUGGACAAGUAACAAAACAAUGAUAGGGAGAGAUACACCUGUGGUGGGUUUUUCCCCUGCUUGUUGUACAGCUGUUAAAAGUACAGAAUGUACUGGCAUAUCUGGACUUUAAGAAACACACACACAACCUAUUGAAUAUAUUUGGGGUGAUCUCUUAAAUACUAUUUUUUUUCUUCCUAUAUAUAUAUUUUUUAAAUACCGUUCCCUCACCCCCCCCCAAAAAAAUAUUUAGGGAAGUGUGUUUUCAUUCUGUUAAAAGUAUUGUUGUUGUUUUGCAAACCACAUGUAGUUUUAUGUUGUUGUAGCUCAAUGGAAUGCUGCCGUUGAUAUAAAUACCUUGAAAUCCUUCAAGGAGUUCAAGAUUGAGUAGAUGGUCUUUGCUGCUUUUCCAGGAGUAAAGUGUAGUUAGGGCAAGGGAACAUCACUUCAUACGAUAUGAUAAUCUUUACAGUAUUGUCAUUGUUCCAUACAGAACAACGAAAUUGAAAAAAUCUACAUCAGACAUUCAAAAACCAACAAGCCUGCUAUCCCAGCCUGGUUAACCUGCUAAAAACUCUGAUACCCCAUAAUUAAAUACAAUAUACUUCAUGAAUUUGCACAGAACAGAGAAUUCCAGUACAUGUAGUUCGCAUGCCACAAUUCUCUCUCUUUCUUUUUAGAAAUUGAGGCUGCACUGCUAUACCCGCUUACCUAGCAGUAAGCUCCACUGAACUCAGUGGGACUUACUUCUGAGUAGACAUGUACAGAUCUGUGCAAUUGGUUCUUACACAGAGGGCUCUAUAUAGAGUGUUCAGCUGGAGCUGUCUACUGUUAUCUCCCUUCCUCUCUCCAUCUGACAGGAGCUGCUGAACCAUGUUUUUGACGAUGUGGAAGCCUUCAUAGGGAAGCUGCAGAAAUCAGCUGAAGCUUUCCGUGUCCUGGAUCAACGCAAGCGCUCCGCAAAGGGCCGUCGCCGGGGGCCAGGCGGUGAGAAAUAUAGAUCGAACCGAGCUCCAGGAAACUACAUUCUCCCUCUCUUUCCUGGCACGAUAACUGAGGCGGCUGGAAACUAGAGAACCCAGUGUGGUGUAGUGGUUAAGAGCGGUAGACUCGUAAUCUGGUGAACUAGGUUCACGUCUCCGCUCCUCCACAUGCAGCUGCUGGGUGAUCUUGGGCCAGUCACACUUCUCUGAAGUCUCUCAGCCCCACUCACCUCACAGAGUGUUUGUUGUGGGGGAGGAAGGGAAAGGAUAAUGUUAGCCGCUUGGAGACUCCUUCGGGUAGUGAUAAAGCGGGAUAUCAAAUCCAAACUCCUCCUCUUCUUCUUCUUCUGAAUGCUGCUCCUGUCUGGCUGAACAUUUUGGUUCUGCCCUCUGGACAAUUCUGGAAACCCACCAGAAUCCAGAAAGUUCACUGGGCUCUGAAAGGCUUCCCUAACAUAACAGGCCCCAGGUCUCCUGUUUCGGCAUAGCACCAUAGCAGAGUUGUCAUGCUUUGCAUAUACAAGAGGUCUUUUUGUGUGUGUGUUUUUCACUCAUUUGACGUGAGUUGCUCUUUCAGAGAAAACCUGGGGCAAGGGGCCUUUCUCCAGAACCCUCAAUGGAUUCCCAUCUGCAGGCAGAAAUCCUGCAGCUUUGGUCAUGGAUCCAAAAGGCUUGCUGACACGGUUGCUGCACACCGUGUGUGCAGCUCCACAUGUGGGCAUCUUGUAUUGACAUGUGUAGCACAUUAAUUUCAUUAUGUGGAGCAUUUACAGGAGGCCUUUGGCACCUGUGCUGAGGAAGCCUCUAAAUCCAUCGGGACCAGGGGCUCUGCUCUCCAAAACAGAUUCUGGACUAGUGAGGUGGAAGUGGGAUGUACACACAUGCCUGAGUCUGUUUUGGCAUUCGUUCACGGUUUCAUGCCUCUUGCUUUGUUCCGCUGCAAUUCCAAGAGGAAGUAUACAUAAUUUAGGUUGCAUGUAAUGUCAUCGUAGAACAAUAGCCCAAGGUGCAGUACAGGUGUCAAUAUCUUCUUACUCUGCUGCAUCCGCAGAGGGACUCCUGACAAUCCGAUCCCGGCCUCCUCCCCAAGAGGAGUUUGAAGAUGCUCUGGCAAAGAUGAAAUAUUCCUUCAGUCUUCUGGUGAGUGUGGUUGGGUGCGCUUUUCUCACAAGAAAGCAAGAGGGCGCCUGCCUGGCUCAUGCUAACCACUAGGAUAUGCUUUUGUUCCCACCACUCAGGCAAGGCUGAAAUCGAACAUUGCAAACCCUACCUCAGAGGAGCUCAUACAUUUUCUCUUCAACCCCUUGAAGCUGGUAAGCAGCAGAUGGGGCAGAGGGGAGGGGAAGAUGAACUCUCAGGCAGCUGAACCAGUGGUGAUUAAACCCUGGAAGGUGAUUUGCCCAAGCAGCAGAAUGACAGGGUGAACUAUACCAUGCGGAUGGCAGACAUGGGACUGAAACCCAUUUUUUUAAAAAAAAAUCAUUGCAUGUGGAAAACUGGUGUAUCAAAGGGGAGCCUAGAACAGGCAUAGGCAAACUCGGCCCUCCAGAUGUUUUGAGACUACAAUGCCCAUCAUCCAUGACCACUGGUCCUGUUAGCUAGGGAUGAUGGGAGUUGUAGUCCCAAAACAUCUGGAGGGCCGAGUUUGCCUAUGCCUGGCCUAGAACAUAUAUCCCUGGCAUGCUAGGCAUCUGUAUGUGAAGUCUCCUUUGUCACGGGAGAGCAUUAAAAGUGCAAUCCCCUCCCCGCAUCCUUGGAGAGCAGCGUGGUACAAUCCAUGAAAAGCUUCAUCGUGCAAUGUUGCUGCGUGUGCAGAUUGGCUCUAGAGCCGUGGUUCCAAAUGUGGGGCACACACCCCACAGGGGGACAAUUUGAUUUUUAAGGGGGCCAAUUCGAGAAUGAGUUAUUAACAGUUAAUGGCCUUUUAGACUUCCUCCACAUGAAUAGUUCACUUUUUGAAUAAUAAGAAUUAUGUGUCAUGGGGGUGGGGUGGGGGCAUCAGGAUUUUUAGAGUUGCUUAGGUGGGGCAUGGCCAAAAUUAGGUUGGGAACCACUGCUCUAGAGUCAAGCACCUCCUGUGGAGAACUUGGGCCCCCUUGAGUCCCGGACUGGGAUAUAAAUAAAUAGAACAAUAACAACAACUUGGCAUUUUUGACUCUCGCAUCCCACUUCAGGUUGUGGAGUCUUCGGGGGGACCAGCGUUUGCUUCUGAGCUGCGCAGCCCCAUGCUGACCCUGGAAGCAGUGACCCUGAUGCGAGGCUGCUUAGGAGACCAGGAGACAGAACUGUGGUAUUCACUGGGUGAAAACUGGACCAGGCCAAGGUAAGGGGGGUUUGUUAUUUCUUCCCCAGUGCUGGAUUUACACAUAAGCUAAACAAGCUAUAGCUUAGGGCCCCACUUUCUUGGGGCCCCCCAAAAAAAUUAAAGGGGGAAAAUGUACAUUUUCAAAAUAUAAGAUAAAAAACAAAUAAAACGAAACCUACAUACAGCAACAGUGUUUUGUGUUGUGUAGGCUCCUAUGAUGUAAGUAAUGGGCCCCGCCUGCUAGCCUGCUCCCUAAAAUAUCACUGGUUUGCUCAUUUCUAUAUAUAGGGUGCCUACAUUCUGCAUGGACUGGUUGCAUGGCAACACGUGCAAAUGGCUUUAGAUACCUGUUAGGUCCAUAAAUUACCAUAUAGCAUAUAUUCAACACCAAUUGUUUGUCAACACCAACAACAAUUUGUUGUUGACAAAGGACAGCUGGAUAUAUAAAGGGCCCCAUUACCUUCAGUAGCUUAAGGUAAAGGUAAAGGGACCCCUGACCAUUAGGUCCAGUCGUGGCCGACUCUGGGGUUGCGGCGCUCAUCUUGCUUUAUUGGCCGAGGGAGCCAGAAUACAGCUUCCAGGUCAUGUGGCCAGCAUGACUAAGCCGCUUCUGGCAAACCAGAGCAGUGCAUGGAAACACCGUUUGCCUUCCCUCUGGAGCGGUACCAAUUUAUCUACUUGCACCUUGAUGUGCUUUCGGACUUCUAGGUGGGCAGGAGCAGGGACCGAGCAACGGGAGCUCACCCAUGACCUUUCUUGCCUGCCAUUGGCUGAACUGAGCUGAUGGCACCAGAGGAGCUUGGUCACUGGAGCCCAGCGGUUCAUUUCAGGCUCGGAGGUCACUGGAAACCUUGGGGAUUUGCAUUCCAAGGUCUUUGAUAUGUUGCUGAUAAAUUAGACCCAUCCAUUUGUGACACUGGCUAGUGAUUCAGUGUUGAUCGGUUUGAGGUCAAUCAGUCGAGUGUUUUUGGCAAUUUUAAUCAGAAAUGAAUGGGCAAGUUUCAGUAUGUGAUUGAGGGUUUCAUGAUUAUUAUUGUUUAUUAAAUUUGUAUACCACCCUAUACCUGCAGGUCUCAGGGUGGUUCACAAGAUAAAGCCACAAUAUGAAAACACAAAAUACACAAUAAAAACAAAAACAACCCAAUAACCCCCCUCAUUUGAUGAUUUCACUCAUUCUCAAUUGUAUUAUUUUCUUCUAUUCAUUUCUACCUCCUUUCUGCCCUGUGCGCCCCAGAGUGGACUUCCCCCGGGGCUACGCAGAUCCCUACAACCCAACUUUCCGGAGUGGCUGGGAGACGCCACGCCUAGAUGCUUCUGGCCAGCCUUGGGAAGACCCAGUGGAAAUGCAACACCGACACGAAGAACGUCGUGCCCAAGUGAGUGAUGAGGUGGAAAGCAGGCAGGAUAAACAUUUGCAAAAAAAAACCCCACACCGAGGGCAAGAGGACAGCUGCAAAAGCAUCUGAUGCUCCUGGGAGAAAGACCAAGUUCUCCUUGUGGGUAGAAAGUGGCUUGAAGGAUCCAUUCUGAUGUAUUUGGGGGCAUCCUAAUACAUUCUGGGUGGAUCCAAUAGCUCAUUUCUUGUUUGCAAUUGCUACAAAUAAGAAUCUGGUGGAACCAACUUUUCUAGAAGAGCGUUAUGACUGUUUAAUUCCACAGCCGCUACUCACUGCAUAAAUCAGGCCAUUUUUAAAAAACAACUACUUCCUACAGUUCCAUCUCUCUCUCUCUCUCUGCUAUAAGAAUAGACCUGCUGAGUGAGACUAAAAGUCAUUAUAAACUAGCCUUUUGCUUCCUUCUGUGGCCAACUAGAUACUUCAGGGAAGCUCCUCAAGCAGGCUGUUAAGGCAAGAUCCAUCCCACAUUGUUUGUCCUCCCCUCUUCUCCCUAAUAUUCAUCACCAUAGUGGCACUGAAAAUGGGGGCUCUAUUCAGCCAGUAAUAAAACUAUCUAUCAUAAAUUUGUCUAGUUUCCUUCUAGAAGUGUCCAAUCUUGUAUCUUCCCGUGCAUCUUAAUUACACAUUAAUUAGGCUUGCCCCGGACCACCCAGGGAGCUUGAUGGGCUACAUGAGGAUGUGAACGCAGGUCUUGCUGGCCAAACAUUCUAGCCACCACUUCGCACUAGCUCUCGUUAUGGUUGGGUACGCCAGAGGCAGAGUGGAUUUGAAUCGGCCUUUCCCAACUUGCUGCCCUCCAGACAUUUUGGCCUGCAAAUCCCAUCAGCCCCAGCAUCAUACGGCUGUGCUGACUGAGGCUGAUGGGAACUGUAGUCCAGAACACCUGGAGGGCACCAGGUUGCAGGAGGGAGGUUGGCUCUGACUACAGUCAGUAUGACUUCAGGCCUAAUCAGUUAGAGGUGAUAACUUGGGGAGGAUACUGCCUUGAGCUGGAUGUUGGGCUAAGGUGACUGUGCAGUCUUCCUAGUUAACCAUUUAUCCAUUUCUCCUCCCCACUCUCCUCUGUUACAGCAAUCAGCUCCCACAAUUGCAGCCAAUGGGUAAGUCCCUUUCAAGCCUCUGGCCAAUCAAUUUUUAUAUUUGGGAAGGUGUGUUGAGAUGUUUGGAUGGAUGGAUGGAUGGAUGGAUGGAUGGAUGGACCUUGGAAGGCAGGGUUGGAAAUUGGAUCUGAGAGGCAAGGAGAGAGGAAAGAUGGGAGAGGGGGGAAGGUAUUUCAGGCUUCCCAUAGGCACCUGGUUGGCCACUGUGAGAACAGGAUGCUGGACUAGAGGGGUCUUUGGCCAGAUCCAGCAGGCUGUUCUUAUCCUGAAGGAUAGGAUGGGAUUGCCAAAGUUUUGUUAAAGUUCUCCCAAAAUUUCAGAAUUUGAUCAGCAUUGUCUGUUUUCUGUCUUACUGUGUCUGGAGCCGCAAAAUGUCAGCUUUCUGAAUAGGGAUAUUGGCUUUCCCUUUUUAAUAUAUAUAUGAGAGUCUUAAUAAAAAAACUAGUUAAAAAGAAAGAAUUAUUAUUAUUAUUAUUUUAUGUUACUACAUAGAGGAGGGCCCCCAUAAAACCUUAAGAAUAUUAUUUCUGUGUGCAGCAGAUAAUAUAGGGACCCCUGACCAUUAGGUCCAGUCGUGACCAACUCUGGGGUUGCGGCGCUCAUCUCGCUUUAUUGGCCGAGGGAGCCGGCCUACAGCUUCCGGGUCAUGUGGCCAGCAUGACUAAGCCGCUUCUGGCGAACCAGAGCAGCACGCGGAAACGCCGUUUACCUUCCUGCCGGAGCGGUACCUAUUUAUCUACUUGCACUUUGACGUGCUUUCGAACUGCUAGGUUGGCAGGAGCAGGGACCGAGCAACGGGAGCUCACCCCGUCACGGGGAUUCAAACCGCCGACCUUCUGAUUGGCAAGUCCUAGGCUCUGUGGUUUAACCCACAGCGCCACCCGCAUCCCAGCAGAUAAUAUGGACUAUUGCUAUUUUGCAGAUGGGAGAGUCUGUAACAUACCGGCACAAUUAAAGUUUGGUGCUCUUGCACAAAAAAGCCACUUUCCUCUUAAAUCUGACUUUUUGUAAUAAGGAAAAUGAUGGGGAAAUGUACCGGAAAGUAUGGGAUAUAACCAUGGCUUGAUGCAACAUCCUAUAACCUCCGAACAUAUAAAUCAGAAUGAAUGUUCAAUAAACAGGUUGUCUGCAAGUGACCUCAGAUGCAUGGGCCCCUGUGCAACACUGGUGGGGGCAGCAUAGGGGAAUAGAAAGCUAAAUUUAUACUGGACUGAAAGUACCGGCCAUUGUGUUGCCUCUCCUGUGAGUGACAAAAGCUCUCCAGUGUCACAGGCCUUUCCCAGCCAUGCUGCACAAAACCCUUUCGUGCUGGGCUCUCAUCCAGGCACCAAUUAAAUCACAGCUUCACAGACCUCCAGAGCCUUUGCUGGACCCUAAGGGUGGGGGAACUUGAAAGAAGUGUGUGUGUGUGUGGAGAGAGAGAGCGUGCAAGCGCGAGCGCGCAAGGGCUGGGACUGGAAUGGCCUUGGCCGUUGUCAUGAUGAAGGGCUCCUUCUCAGCGUAAUAUGCCUUUCAGGCAGAGAGUUCUUGAAGGUCUUCCCAGCUGGGAAAAUUUGUGAGCCAUUUGAUCACGGGAAAUUUAGAUAAAUUCUAUGUUGUUCUUUUCUGUUUCUCUCUCUCUCUUUCUGUUGUUCUCGCUGUCUCUCUGCAUUGGGUGAAGCUGGGUCCGGUGGUGAGCAGGGAAGUCAGUGAUAGGACUAGUAAGCUGGUGGUGGUGGGAAUGGCUGGGAGCUUUGCUAGGUGAGGGUGGUGUUCUGUAUAAAUUGCAGGUGGCUAUUAGGGUAAGUGGGAGAUAAGGGAGCUUCGGGUCAGUGAUCAGCAGCCGUUUAACGUUGAGUGGGGACUUAAAAUUACCUCCCCAAAUCGGAACCUGUUUGCAAUUGUGGCUAAGAACCUGCCUAGCCACUGUCACAUCAGUGAAUUCUGAAUGCAAAAUGUUAGCAGCUGCCAAAGAAUCCAGCUUAUUAAGACUUUAAUAAUUUUAUCUGCUUAAAAGAAAUGUUCCUAGUCUUCUUCACUGAUGGGAGAAGUACUUAAAAAAAAAACUGACACGAGAUUAAUAAAUCACUGAAGAGUAAAUUCAGAUCCAGUGUGGCCAAGAAAGAGGUUUCUGAGAAAACAUACAGGCCUUGUUGGUCAUUAAACCAACUCCCAUGCUUAGUUUAAUCCUCUGCUCCCUAACUGUCCAGUGAGUCCUAAUACUUGCCAGGAACAAGGAUAGUGGUAGACUGAAACAAAAUGUUCUGGCACCUCAGCUGCAAACUCAUUAAUUUAUCUUUAACCAGUAGUAUAGCAGUUAGAUAGAUGAUAGAUAGAUAGAUAGAUAGAUAGAUAGAUAGAUAGAUAGAUAGAUUUGUCCUUACGACCACCCUGGGAUUUGGGGUAAUUCAGUUCUAUAGCAUUCCAGCUAUAGCACACACACACACACACACACACACACACACACACACACACACCAAUAAUCAUGAGAAUUACAUUUUGAUGAGGAUGGUGAGAACUGUGAGUGGUCUCUAGCUCCCUCACCCCAGGAACCACCUCUCAGUCAUAGAAUGACUAUUGAACUUUCUUCAAACAUAUUUAGUAUAGAUAUACCCAUAAUGAUUCACUUGAGAUCCACAAGAUUGAAAUAUAACCAAUUUAACAAAGGGAGAUGGAGCAACAACAAAUAUCUUGAAUUAAAGUAGACAUGUACAAUGGGGGUGGAAAAACACUUCUGGCCCCAUAAGUGUUGGGGUGUGUGUGCACAUACUGCCCCAAAAUGAGGAAAUGACUGUUCACUGAUGCAUACUGUGUCAGGGAGGGAGUGGGUUCCCUCAUAGUUCUUGAAAUAAAUUAAAACCAGAUGCCUCUUUUUUAGCUGAACCAGAAAUUCUGGAUUUCAGGCAAGACAAAGAUAGGCUAAGGUCCCAACGGGUCACUGAAAUAAUCUAGGCUAGUGACCUCUCCCCUUUUUAUUACUUAGGGUGGAUUUUCCACAAGUAUUUAUGAUGUGAUGUUGUUUGCAUAGAGAAGUCACGAAAAGGUUCCAAUAAAGUGUUGAGAUCCAAGGUCUCCACUUCCUGGAAAACCCUUCAGAAAAGGAGCCAACACUUACAUUAAAAAGAGUAAACAACUUUGAGUCCUGAGCCAUGUCUUCCCAAAAAGAAGACUGGGAAUUGUACUUCUGCAAAAGUGCCGGGAAUUCUUGGCUAAAGCCUUGGCUUCACGUUACGUUCACUACAUAAUAGAAUCCCACAAUUGGACACAUGCGGUAAAGGAGGAAGCACUGGUAGCCUCUGUCUGACUACCACUCCUUGGCAGCUGAUUUUCUCUGUUUCUUUCCCCUACCAAUUGGGAGGGGGAAAUAGCAGCGAGAGAGAGAGAGAGAGAGAGAGAGAGAGAGAGAGAGAGAGAGAGAGAACUCAGUCAUUAGAGCCUGAGGCUCUUAAUCUCAGGGUCGUGGGUUUGAUCCCUGUGUUGGGCAAAAAGAAUCCUGCAUUUCAAGGGGUUGGACUAGAUAACCAUCGUGUGCUCCCUUUUAACUCUAUGGUUCUACGAAAGGGACAGCUGGCAGCUUCUCCUUCACUCUGUGCGUGCAAUUCCUGUCCCUUCCAGCUCCCUUUGCCUGUUGAUGGCAAGCCCUUUAGAAGUUGCCAUAGGAAGAGUUCUCAUUCAUUGGGAUUCCCCUAAUACAGUGAGUGUAACAUGUACCCAGACUCUUUAAGUGCCAUGUGGCUGGAUUGAAGACACAUGCGUUCAUCUACGCAUACGUUUCUGCUUGCCUGUGCCCUCCCCUUUCAGCACUGGACAGAUGGCAUGUACAGGUCCUAGUCACAUACACCAGAUCGUACAACAUGUUCUAUGUACAGAGGAGCUCCUGUCAAACACACACGCACACACCCCGGAUUAAGCCCAGUGUCACCACAUUUCCUCUCCAUGUCACCUUCCAGCCCUUGCGAAGUUUCACUCUAGGAAAUAUGGAGGAUGAUUAAUAAUGCUGGGAGUAAUUAUAGGGUUGCUACCUUUCCACCCAUUAAGUGGCUGCUGGAGGAGUAGCCAACAUUUUUGCCCUCCAGCUGUUGUUGGACUCCAACUCCCAUCAACCCCAGCCAGCAUGGCCAGUGGUCAGGGAUGAUGGGAGUUGUAGUCCACAGUGGAGGACAACCAUGCUGGACCUAGGCUGCUGCAUGGUUCCCAGUUGUUCCACUGAGGAGUUCAAGCAGGGAAGCAAUAAGAGCACAGAAUUAAUAUGCUGGAUCCUACACAGUUUGGCUCUCUGCACACAUUACAGAAGUAAGGCCCACACGGUUCCUUCUCAGAAUGCAUCUGCGCACCACAGAGAGUGUGGGUGUGUAAGCAGUCGGGAGCAGAGCCAGGUAGACUUAUUGGCUAUAUCCCCAGGUAGACAUUGCUGAACAUGAUGUCCCCUUCAGUGAGGGCUUGGAGGACAUUGAGGCACAUUGCCCUCCUAAAUAGGCCUCCUGUAGAAUUACUUGUCUCCACUUAACGUUAACACGAAUGCCGCCAUAGACAGGAGCACACUGUCUAUGUAAUUUGGGCACAGCGCACAGGGAGUUCUUGAUGUGGAACAGCACACAAGUAGCAGGCUCAAGAGAACAUGCCAAUCUCUUCAGCCUCUGGAUAGCCAUGGCUUGGCAGGAAGCUAAAUAAACACAAAGGAAGUCCAUUCCAGGCUGUGUGUACAAUGUGGGAGGACAGAACUGGGAGAACUGGGUUUUCUAGAAAGUCUGCGGGAAUGAGCCAGGGCAGCAGGGCUUGGGAACAACGAGGCUGCCUGGGUUAGCUUGAAACAAAAUGGGGUUUUGUUAGGGCUGAAUAAUGUAAGGAACAGACCAGGAAUUAAGGGCUCUUGAGUUUACUGGGAUAAAGUAGCUUAAUAGGAGCUGGCUGGUUAUAACAGGGAGGUGUAAAGGAAUGUAGGUAUCACAGAAGGCAAGGCCAGGUGCUCUGGUGAUGGGUGCAGAAGGGAAAUAUAACAGGAUGAAAACAAGAGGACAGCGGUUAAAGAAAGAUGGCGCCCAGAAGAGAGCCAAGAGGGGGACGCUAGGCAGCCAGCUAAGGUAGGAUUGGUGGGGGGGGAUGAAGGGCUCUAAUUCCUUUUCUUCUCCAUCUCCUAUCAUCUGUUCUGAAGCACUUGGCAAGCUUUGUAUCCCAGCAGGUUCCAGUUGCGAUCCUCAUCUAACUGGGAGGAGGACCGCAACAUGGAGGGGCGAGAGACUCUUUUGUCUUGCAGGAAAUUCCAUUCACUAUAGGAAAGAGGCAGGUGGUGCAGGGGCCAAUAUCUCAUAUUAUCUAGCCCUUCCUUCAAUAUUACAUUUUUUUCCCCUGUCAUCAUGAAUUUGCAUCAUUGCCCCCAUUCAACUAGAUAAAAAGUGAUGAAAAGCUAGGGCUGAAUGGUUGAAAUAACUUUCAGUUGAUUUAGCAGAUUAGUCAAGUGAUAAAAAUUUCAGUGAACUUUCAUAUUGCCAAGCCCAAAUUUGCAUGCCUUUCUGAGAUAUUGAAGGAAGUGUACAAUAUUUACUUACAACAUUUACCAGUAACCACUCUUUGUUAGAAAGGCUGUGUUUAAUAGUUUCUUGUUCAUUCCUCUUAUGUCACUGAACCCCAAAGUAACCUUGAAGAAAGUGUUCCACAACUUGAACUAAAGCUUUAAUUGAUAUCUUAAUUGGUUUUAAAAUAGAUUUGUCCCCCAAUCAACAAAUCCCCCAUUGGUUUCAGAACUGACAUACCUCAUCCUCUCUCUUUUAUUGUUCUGGCCUCUGAAUUUGAGGCAAAGUCCAUUACUUCAAAUGUAACCACAGUGCCAGCCUAUCUGCUGUGGUCAGGAAAGGUUCUGUGGAGGCUUUUCAGGGUUACUGUGCCUUUAAAAGCUUCCAACUUGUGUCUCUAAUUAAUUGCUUCCUGUUCAGCACAGCCAAGGCAUCACUGAUGAAUUUCCCUUUGAAUGGUUCAGUUCCUGUUUCCUGCGAGGGGAUCUUAAUUUAUGGUUUCCUCCGCUUAUUUUUCUUAUGAAAAUUAUUAUCAAGUAAUACUCAAAUGAAGGGGGUGGGAAUUAAUUCUGCCAACAGCUAAUGGUGGUAAAGUAAAUGGACCUCAAUGUGGACCACUAGUUGGUUAAGACUACGGGUUUGCAAAUAAAUGAAACAAUAGUUCUGAGCAAAAUGCAUACUUCCUUUGUUUUUAGACUGCAAGCACGUAUAUCACAGCAGCAUCUUAAAAGAGGUUCCUUUUUCCACCCCUCGUCUUCCCUGUCAAAUGAGAAUAUAUAUAUAUAUAUAUAUAUAUAUAUAUAUAUAUACACACACACACACACACACACACACACACACACACACCCAUCUGCCCCAUGUAUCAAGAGCACCUUUUUAAUUAGUCAAAUUGUUUUUAUUGGAUUUAUCUAUCUGAUUAAUUAACUAAACGUUGCAGCUCUAGAUUAAACCAAAUGAAGAUCGCAGAACUACAUAAAUGCCACAAGCAUGCAGAUCCAGGAGAAAGAUUAUUUUGGGAACAGCAAUGGACAGAGUGAAAUUAAACUGUUUCGUUGUUCGUUUGGAAUACGUACAACCUGCCCAUCAUCUAUAUGGAAACUAGUGCGCAGUACAAAACCUAAAAAUAAACAAGCUGGACGAUGAUGAGCUAUAAACAGCACAACACAUCACCCAAACAAAUAAAGACAGUUUAAAAAAAAUGUGACACAGAGGGGGUUGCAUGAUCAUCAAAUUAAAAACUCUUGAAAUGUCUGUGUAAAGUAAGUCUUGACCUGGCACUGAAAUGAUAGCAUCUGUGCCAGCCCCACUUCUAAAAGGAGGGCAUUCCACAAGCACAGUGAUGCAGACAGAGCCUUCUGGAUGGCCAUUUUUUACUGUUUAAGCACCCUAACCUGCACUGAUAUUCUAGAAAGCCCACAAGUCAUGGACCUUCCUGCCCAUAACCCCAUGUGCUUUCUUCCCUCCUGACAGGCCUAAACACCCAGAGAGCAAGUCUGUGAUCUCCACCCACAACUUCACAGCCAGAAACAACAACGAACUCUCAGUACUUCAUGGAGAAAUGUUGCAGGUGAGUUGACGUCCCAGAACACUUGCAGUGCCAGAAGAUUCCCACCCCCCACCCCUACCCCGCUCCUGAUCUGGCCAGAAUAGAAAGGAAUGUGAUUUGCAGAUUGGACACGGCGGUAGGGAAGCUGCUUUCAUUGGGGACUCAGGGCAUUUGGAAAUACCCUAUUGCCUGGUCACCUGUCCCAAGCCAGAAUAUCCUAGGCAAUGAAGCAGGCUUGCACAUUAGACGUCUUGGAUCUCGCCUCCCACCACACUUGUAGGCCACGAAUGAGCCCUAAAUGGCUUAACAGAAAUGUGAAUGGGUUGGGAGCCUACCAACAACAUUAUGGGUUAGGUAACAUUUAUAGAAUUGUUUGUGAAAUGGAAUCGGGACCUCCCCUGACAGGGAACUUGAGAACCAAGUUUUUGUUUUUGGUUUUUUCCCCAAAAUUUUUUAUUGGUUUUCCAAAUUUAUAACAGACAUAAACAAACAAACAAACAAACAAACAUAAAUCCUAACUAUAAUAAUUCCGCUUUUGUUGACAUUGUUAGGUGACUUCCUCCAAUGCCCCUGGCUGAGUUUCAAUGUAUAUCAUUGUAACAGUUUUCCAAAACUUAAUUUCUCAUAAAAUUUACUUGGUCAAUUAACGUCUUUCUUUCCUUUCAUAUUACCUUUAAACAUAUUAUUCUAUAACAUCACAUAUUUAAAUCCAAAGCCAGUCUGAUACUUGCAAGUAUUUCUACUUAAGUUAUCUUAGCAUAUUUAGCUAAAUAGUCUUUAAAUUUCAUCCAUUCCUCCUGGUGCUCCUCCUCCUUCUGGUCGCGGACUCUUCCCGUCAGGUCGGCCAGCUCCCAAAAGUCCAUCAUCUUCAUCUGCCAUUCCUCCACUGUUGUCACUUCUUGUGCUUUCCAAUUUUUGGCCAACAAAAUCCUAGCGGCAGUUGUGGCAUCCAAAAAAAAUCUAGCAUCUUUCUUGGGCAAUUCCAGACCUAGAACCAAGUUUUUGCUUAGCUAGGAACACGUCUCCUUUUUCUUUGCCUUUAGGUCCUGGAUGACAGCAAGAAGUGGUGGAAAGUUCAGAACCACUACGGUCAGGUUGGCUACGUCCCUUAUAAUAUUCUUGCCCCAGUUCUAAACCACAACAGCGCUCCUCAGGUCAACGGAACCAGCCCAGCGAUAUCCAAGGUGAGGCUUAGAGCACUAAUUAGAGCUUGUCUGUUUGCUUGCUUGCUUUUAUUUGUUGUAGAGCUAUGUGCCACUUUUCUAAUAAAAAUACCGUAUUUUUCGCUCUAUAAGACGCACCAGAUCACAAGAUGCACCUAGUUUUUGGAGGAGGGAAGCAAGAAAAAAAAAUAUUCUGAAUCUCAGAAGCCAGAACAGCAAGAGGGAUCGCUGCGCAGUGAAAGCAGCAAUCCCUCUUGCUGUUCUGCCUUCUGGGAUAGCUGGGCAGCCUGCAUUCGCUCCAUAAGACGCACACACAUUUCCCCUUACUUUUUAGGAGGGAAAAAGUGAGUCUUAUAGAGCAAAAAAUACGGUAUCCAACAUGACUGGCUGGCUGGAACAGUAAACAGGAGCACUUCAAAUAGCAUCGUUUUAUUACAGGUCCUAUUUGUACCUCUGCAUAGCAGAAGCUGGGCAGAAACAGGGAAUAGGUGUUGCCUUCCUGCCCUGCAUGCUUUCCUGAUUCCCAGAAAAAAAAUGUCUACAUGCUGUUGGAAAGAUGAUUUUGGACUAAAUGGAUCUUUGGUCUGAUCCAACAGCACAACUCUUAUGCCCAAAUGAUCCUGGCCAUGGAAUCUUGAACAAGCCUGGGAAAUGUUAGACUCACAUGGGCCGGUUUAGGGAAUGGGUACAGAAGAUUUUUUUUAAACAUAUUUUUAAAUAAAUAAGAUUUCCCUGGAAGGUUGGAAGAGGGACACUUUUAAAAUCCAUUCUCACCAAUGUAGAUUUGCUGGAAAUGCCCCAAAGAAAGCAGUUUAAUGCUUAUGGCCAUUUUUUAAAACCAACACGGUAUAAGAAUAUGUAUGGGACCCAAACUGUUCAGACAUGCUUAAAAACCCAGACAGUCUGGAAGGCAGUGGGAAGCAGGGGAGAAAUUCAAUCCAGUUUGCAGUUGAAGGUGAACCUAUCAAAUGUUCGCUUUCCAAACCAAUAUGGGAACUGAAACACAGCCGUCCUGCGAAAAUUCACACUUAAUCUGAAUUUUGCAAUGCAGUUCCCCAACCAAACAGUGUUGACAAAAAUGUAUACAGGAAUGGAUACAUUGGUGAAAUUGAUGUCUAAAAUGCUUACUGUUAGAAGAAAUUGCUUGCAAAAAGGCGUACUGCAGACCGAAAUGUGCUUAUUAGGAGAAAUUCACACUAAAAUGAAGAAUUUUAAUGGGAAUUGUUUUGGGUUUUUUAAUUCACAAAUGGAUGCAGAAAUAAGGAGGACUGAAUUUAAGACUGGGAAAAAAUGUGAAACUGAGAGACCUGAAAUUGUCAAAUCCUUCCAUCCCUAGUGGGAAGGCAGAUGUACUGGCACUUGCAAUAUUAGCGUAGCGUGUUCUUUGUGAGUUGACCUCCCACCAGGAGAUGGGCUUUUCAGGAGGCCGAGCUGUUAAUAUUUGCUUCUUCCCUCCGCCUCUACUUAGAAAAGUCCACCUCAGCCACCACCCAAGACCAAAAGUCUGUACACAAAUGGCAGAAAUUGGGCCAGCACAGAGGCACUUAACAUGGACCUGAGUGAGCGAGGUAAGCCUGCCUUUGUAUGUGGAACUGGGGAGCUCUGGGAAGCAUAAGCUAUUUUUUCACCAUUUUACUGGAACUUUAGUUCAAGCAGUGUAGGAGAAACCUCAGCACAGAGCAGGGGACACAAUAGCUUAUGCGGCAGGUCGCAAGGAUUAUAGGCAAUAAAAUGUGUUUUUAAAAAUCUGCAUAUUAAGUGAAAUUUGCACUAAAAUUCUGACGAGGGCAUUUUUUUUAAAAUGCGAAAAAUUUAAGGUUGGGAAAGCAUAGAGGAAACAACUGGGGAGAGGUCUAUGAGGUGCUCACACCCCCAUUAGAAAUUGUGGGUUUCGUGAAUGUUUGGUGAAACACUCAGUGCCACUUGAUAAAUUGAAAGCCUCCUAUACUGUACUUGGAAAGCUUAUACUUGAAUGCAUUGUCAUUCUAGAUCCCUAAAAAUGUAUUAAAACCCGCUUUAUGAAGGAGGGAAAAGAGUUAUUUGCAACAAAUUCGCUUAAUGGCUUGGAUCUAAAGAGGGUCAUGCAAUGAGUUUCUGCUACCAGUGAAAUUGAUGUUCUUAACACAUGACCAACUGCUUUUGAAACUUUCCUCGUUGCUAUAUGACAUGGGGAACAUGACUACUCAGCCCAGAGUUGGUUUUAGUUAAAAUUCUUCACACUACAUAUAUAUAUCUAUUUAUAUGAGUUUGUGGUAUAGAAAGGAAUUAAUAAUCAUAAUAAAAAGGCCACAUUUCCUAAGGGACGCCCAAACCUUGGCUCCAGGGCAAAGCACUUUCUAUUACAUGAUUUUAAACAACUGAACACUAAUUGGUGGUUGUGACUAACAGAGACUAACAGGCUCUAAGGGAAGCUGAGCCUCUGGAAUAUUGGUAGCUGCCAGGGCCUCAGAUUCUGCUUGCUUUGAAGCCAAAAGAAUGUCAAAACUGCUCAUGGUUGUCCCACCAACGUUCCCCGGGCUCUGAGCUUUCUUCCCUUGGUAUGUUUCCCAGCUGAUUCCUCUCCCCAUACCUUUCCGUCCAACCUGUCCAUGACAAAGGGGUCUCCUUUUGGCUCCUGUCAGACAAGCUGUCAGCGUCACUUAGCAUUUUUCACAAGAGGUUUUUUCGAGCUUGAAAGGUAUAAAGAGUUGUCCUUCCCUCCCAGAAGCACAGUACAAGGAUGCAAAACACUCGACUUACGUGAGAAGUGGAAUAGAGUCGCAUGGAUGAAGGAUUUAGACUGAAAUGUGCAGUUUGAGGUGUGGUGGACUGGCUUUUUGCUAUCUGAAAGCUGUUAUACAACUGUCCUUGUGUUGCAUGACACGACACAGGGUUCUGUGGGAGAAUUUCUGAACUGCGCAUAUAGCGAUUGGAGUCCGUUGUAUCUGAUUGUGGGAAGUAGGGUUAAUUGGUCUGCCUACCCAUCCAAACAUUGCGCCGUGUGUGACAUCACUUCCUGCCCCGGCAGAGCGCUUCAACACGGUGAACGAGGAGCUCGCCCUGAGACUGGCCAAUGGGACAACUAGCCAUAGCAGGAACCUUCACAUCCAGCGGGCUGCAGACACCAACCUGCCUUUAGGAUACGAUUCAGAUCCUGCUCAAGUUCGGACCUGGCUGGAAGCCAAAGGAUUCAGCCCAUUGUGAGUUGGCCUCUGUUUUCCUUUGAGAAGAUAUGUAGGUUGGCCAUGAAAGUCCAAACGUAUUCCUUGCUAUCUCCCAGAGCAGCUUCCUGCCUUUCCUGUAUUGUCUGCAAUUACCUUCUUCAGAUUCAUGUUGCACAUCCGCCAAUCGUGAGGCUUGCAUGUGUCAACUUAACCUACCCAGUUUUCCUCGUUGGCCUGUUUUAUGAGCACCUUCUUUAGUGGCCUCUAUCUGAAGCAGCUUCCACUUUCCUGAAUAGCUCAAUAGCUCUUAGCUUCUUAAUGAUUUGCCAUUGCCCAGUUGUUAGCUGUGGUUCCUUUUUCUAUGCUCCUGGUUAAGGUUUCUGAUUGGCUGUGGUGACUCCCUAUUCCCUCAUUAACCCAGCACCAGUUUUCUGGGGUCCAUGAGAUGCCAUACUCUCCGAUGGGCUGCUGUUUGUCUACCGUGGAUAUUUUAAUUGAUGUUUUAGACAUUCUGCUAUUCAUCUGCAUGGAUAUUCCAUCCCACAGCUUAAGACCUGUAGUGGUGCGACUUAGUUGUAUGUACAUACCAUACAAAUGCAGUAAUCCUGGAACUUUUGUUAACCCCUCACAGAACUACAAUUGCUGGCACCCUUAGCACUUGUCAGGAUUCUUGAAGGGCAGGGAUGUGCUUUAAAUGUAUGGUGUGUAUCCAGGCAACACUUGUUUCCUGCUUGUUUCCUGUUUAAGGUUUUAUGAGUGUAAAUAGCAGAAAUUCCCUUUCCCUCCCAUAACCCACCCCCCAUAACUCACUCUUUCUUCAUCCUCACAGGACAGUAAGUGCCCUGGGGGUCCUAAACGGAGCUCAGCUUUUCUCCCUGAAGAAGGAUGAGUUCAGAGCUGUCAGCCCAGAGGAAGGAGUUCGAGUCUACAGCCAGGUCACAGUCCAGAGAGCCCUAUUGGAGGUACAAGGAGCCCUGAAGCUUCUCCUAAGGGUUGGGAGGGUGGUGAUGCAAGUCAAGACUUCUUGUAUUCCUGAGCAGGAAGCAGUCUACCGGGCUUUAGCAAAAACACAAAACCAAACACCAAGGAAGGCUCCUGGGGUCCAGGAAAGCCACAAACUAAUUUUCUAUGACGCUACAAUUUUCUGAAAAUUAAAUGCACCACGGUGGGACUGGGGAAAGUUGGGGCGUGCUUGAAGCCAGAACAAUGUUAUAUCCAUUCUUCAUUUUCAUUAUUUUCUUCCAGGAUUCUGGGAAAGUAUCAGAGCUAGAGGCUGUGAUGGCGAAACAGAAAAGGAAACUGGAGGGUUUGAAUCCGUAGCUGGGAGAUCGCCCCGUUUGGUGUGGGAGUGCCCCCUGUUGAAGCAUUGAGGAACUGCAUGGUAACAGGCUCUGAAGUCGUACCAUCAUCCCAAACUCUCCCCACAUCACCCAAGAUCUGCAUUCAACAGCAGCACUUGUUUUGAGCUAAACGUUGUUGAGCAUAUGUUCCUGUAAAGCAAAUUACCGCCUUCAAAUCAUAUCCCAGAUUUUCUCUCCAACUCCCUUUUGAAAUAGUCAUCAGAAGAAACCUCUCUUCUCUCAGUCAGUAGAACAUGAGACUCUUAAUUGGAGGAUCGUGGGUUCGAGCCCCACGUUGGGCAAAAAAUUCCUGUACUGCAGGGGGUUGGACUAGAUGACCCUUGUGGUCCCUUCCAAUUCUACAAUUCACCUAGCCCACAUGCCUUCCCUCCCCAAAUGCGGGGGGAAAUGGAAUAGCAGCAACUCUUCCUCAUUAUAAGAGAGAGCAUUCAUGCCGCAUUCAUUUUAUCUCCUUUCAUACAAAAUGAAAUAAUGUUUAUCUUUUACAGAAGGUAAUGGACCUAGGUCUGGCUCACUAGGAAAACUGGAUUGAAUUAUUAUCAUUAAUUAAAUUUUACAAGCUUUGCAACAGAUCUCCAUGGAAAUUCCACUCACCAAAUCAACCGUUCUUCCAUUUCUGUGCAUUCCUGUUUGCUAUCUCUUUCUUCCCACCCAUCCCCGAAUUUUUCAGUUAAAUCUAGGCAUGGAUAUGUGUUAUUUGUCUUGCAGUUGCACUGCAUCAUUAUCCUUGCAGCUAUAAAUCUGCAUUUUUACACACUGCAUCAUAGUGGUUGUAGUCAAAACUUUUGUCUCCACUUUCCAUCAGGGUGAGUUGGCAACUCAUGAGUAUUUUUCAGCAAGAAAUCUUCUGAUGCCAGGAUUUAUCCAUCUAUUUUUACUUGAAUAAGAGAAUAGCUCGGCUGAAAUGUUUUAAGUAUCUCAGGAAUGUUUCUUCCUUCAGGAGAGACAUGGGAAGCUAUGGAACAAGCUUUUCUACAAGAUCAUUCCUUCACCCUUAAAGGAUUUUUCCCACUGACAAACUCACACUUUCAUUCCAUGGAGUUAAUGUAAGCUGACAUUGGGCACUACCACCUCCUGUCACCAGAUGGCAGUCUCUAUUUGAGGCAAACCAAGCCUUACCCUUCACAAACUGUAUUUGGAAAACGUCAUUUCCCCCACUUUCAUUGUGUACAUAAAAGUUUUGCCAGGUUUUAACAACUUGGCCCUUUCAUCUCUAGUUGUAUCUUUUUUAGGGGGGGAAUUGAAUCAGAUCAGCUGCUUUCAAUGAGUCUUGUGCAAGAGAAUAUGAUAUUCUCUCUCUCUGUGUGUGGGGGGGUGGGUGUGUGUGUGUGUGUAGUCAAAGCUUGAUGAUUUAUUUGGAAACAAGUUAUGCUGAAUUUCCAUUGUGGUGGAUUGGAAGGAGAGGAGUUUGGCAAUAUAACCACACUCCCCCCCUCCAACAGUUUUCACACUCGUUAAAGAAUUUGUUGAAGAACACAAUGAUUUCGACUGCUUUAGAACUGUUUCCAUUCAAACUUCCUCUGUUUAGUUUUAAGCUCUGCUCAGAUGGUUUACCCUUGAUGUGUGCCUUUUAAAAUUAACAUGUCGAAGAAAUUUUGGCCAAAUAGCUCAAAGCUGUUCCCCCCCCAAAAUUAAUCUAGUGUUAAAGGGAUUAUUUAUUUGAAAGGGUAUUUGUAUUAAUUUAACAUUGGCUGCCAUUAAUGUUUUGUAAAGAAUAGGCUGCAUAUCUUUUUUACGGUUAUUACCCACCUCCACCACCUGCCGUAGCCUAAUUUUGACAGUUUCCAUAAAGUACAAGUCAGUAAUUGGCCGCCCAUUGGCCAAAUACAGUCCUCUGAGCAGUGCAGUCUACUGUUGCAAACCUAAGGUGGAAAGGAAAGUUUAGAGCAGGUGUGGGGAAGCUUUGGCACUCCAGCUGUUACUGAACUUUUGAGCAUGGUUGCUGGGGUUGAUGAGAGUUGUAGUUCAACAACAUCUGAACUACAUCCCCACACCUGCAUUAGAAUAUUAAGCAUUAUAAAAUACCUAAUUGUACACUAAAAAUUAGUUUCUGGUCCAAUGUGGUAAUUGGAAAGGAAAGGAAAAGGAGCUGGGUAGGGCAUGGUCUACCAUCAUCAUGCAACUACCACGGAGCCUCUUGGGCUUGCCGAUCAGAAGGUCGGCGGUUCAAAUCCCUGCGACGACAGGGUGAGCUCUUGUUGCUCUGUCCCAGCUCCUACAAACUUACAGUUCGAAAGCACGCCAGUGCAAGUAGAUAAAUAGGUACUGCUGCGGCGGGAAGGUAAACAGCGCAUCUGUGCGCUCUGGUUUCCAUCAUGGUGUCCCAUUGUGCCAGAAGCGGUUUAGUCCUGCUGGCCACAUGACCCGGAAAGCUGUCUGUGGACAAAUGCCGGCUCCCUCGGCCUGAAAGCAAGAUGAGCACCACAACCCCAUAGUCGCCUUUGACUGGACUUAACUGUCCAGGGGCCCCUUACCUUUUACCUUUACUUUAUAUGGACUUCUACAAGAAUCUUAAUGUAGUCUUCCAGUCCUCAUGGUUGCAUAGACUACAAGUCCGAGGACCUAUUGCUUUUGCAAACCAUAUCAUGACAGUGAAGGGCUUUUAACGUUUAAGGAGCUCCAGGCUAUUCUGGCUAGGCAAAUUUGGUGCUGUGGGAAUGUAUAUACGCUGCUAGAGAGAAAUUUACUCUGUCGUUGUGUUCGUGUUAUUAUUAAUGUGCACUUGCACUUUUAAAAAUCUGAUUUAUUUUUCAAAACUGCUGCUUGCCCUCAGGGUGGAGGGCACAUGAUGGAAGUACGGCAUAGCCGCCACUGGAGAGCUUGGCGUUCAUUGGGGAAACGUGUUAAUUAUAUAAAAAGUAUGUAAAUAAAAAUAUGCAAACCUGAUGC